GCUGUUAUGUUAAGUAACAUUUGCGCUUGGUAUUUCGUUCUCUUCCUCUUUGACAACGAAAAAAAAUUGUAAAUAACAAAACAGAGCGAUAAAAAAGCUGUAUAUAUCUUAAAACACAACAGCAUGUUACAAAUUGAAUAAUGGAAAAUAUUGUGCACAAAUUCGCGAAGAUAAGUUUUCAGCCAAAAGAGGUUGUGUUAACAGAGAAUCGCACUGCCCCAUUCCACAGCGCCGCGAGCAAAUUCUCCUGGAAUCUGAAACCAAUGGCGGCGGCGGCGGCGGCGGCGACAACGGCGACAGCGACGGAAACAACAAACGCAUCCGAUGCAAUGCUAGAUUCGGAAAGUGCUGACACCGAUCAAUCGGACGAAAUAGAUUCGCAGCAAAGCCGCGGCGAAGACAACGACGACAGCGAUGCCCACAGCAGCAGCAGCAGCUAUCGCAAUGGUCGUCGCGGCGGCGUCGCCGCCCGCCGACGCAUGCCCUCCCGCGCCUCCAAGGACAAUUUCAAUCGUGUAUGCAGCGCCAUAAUGCGCACCGAGGUGAAAAAGAAGCGCAAGGAGCUGCAGACCAACGAACAGAUGCUGCGCAGCAUCGAGAAAAUCUACACAAGCAAACGUAUGAAGAAGUUUACGCCCGCCAAUCUGGAAACGAUAUUCGAGGAGCCCAGCGAUGAGAAUGCAGCCGACGUGGAGGAUGACAGCGAGGAGUGCGCCGCCAUCACCAGCCAGGUGCGUUUGGUCAAGUUUGGUGCGCGCAAAAUGCGUCGCGCCAUCUCCUUCAACGAUGGCCUCAACAAGAACAAGAAUCUGAUCAAGAAGCGACGCUUGAAGGUGAAGAAGACCUUUGGCAAGAGAUUCGCUCUGAAAAAGAUCUCAAUGACCGAAUUCCAUGAUCGUCUCAACAAGAGUCUCGACAGCGCCAUGUUCGAUGGCGACGAGGAGCCGCCCACCAGCGGCAGCAUGGAGUUCAAGCCAGCCGUCAACGCAUUCAUGGAUGACAUGCAGCUGGUGCGGCACACGCCGGCAUUCGAAUAGCCGCACCAGCCCGAGUCAAGCUGGCCGAGACUGAAAAACGAUUCGACAGGUGGAGUUGGAGUUGGAGGUGGAGCUGGAGCUGUUGACCACAUGUCGCCCGCCCGUCGAAUUGCACUGAUACCAAUUUAGCAAGUCUUACAUAAGAUUUUAAAUCUAAGCUAGUUAUAGGAAGUGGCCGUCGAGCGUGAAAAUAAUUUAAUCAUUUGGCGUCGAGUGCCACAAAACUUAUUUAUGCUCUUGUACUUUACUUUACUUUAAGCAAGAAGAAGAAUGCGAUGCUGAUCAAGUCUCGCAGAAUAUUACCAAAACUGUAAAUGUAUCACAUUUCACAAAUUCACAAUAUUUGCAAACUAGGAACUGCGUAAAUUAUACUCACAUUUUACACUGGCACAAAAGCAAAACAAAUACAUUUACAUACAUAAAUAAAAAGCAUUGAAUACAAA